CAAUCUUUUGUGUAGUGUAGAAAUGAAGGACGAUUUUUUGCUUCGCUAAAAGUGCAAACAUAUUGAUAAAAAUAACAAACAUUCUCAGCUUAUCUUAUCUAUAAUGAACGUGUGAUUGAAUUUAAAUGUGUUGAUAGCGUAUCAGUGUUAGAUUUCUCACGGAGAAGUAAGCUCCAUCAAGCGGAACCGUGAAGUUUUGUUAAUUUAUUAGCGAAUUCUUUUAUUAAAAGAAUUUCAACAAAUGUGAAUCGGUUACGAUGGAAGACUACAAGUUUCUCUUUAAAGUGGUGUUGGUGGGCAAUGCGGGCGUGGGCAAGACGUGCCUAGUCCGGCGGUUUACUCAGGGACUGUUUCCACCAGGUCAAGGCGCAACUAUUGGGGUCGAUUUCAUGAUCAAGACCGUGGAAGUGGAUGGGGAAAAAGUGAAGCUACAAAUAUGGGACACAGCGGGACAAGAGAGGUUUCGUUCCAUCACACAAAGCUACUACCGCUCGGCACAUGCUUUGAUCCUGGUCUACGACAUAUCCUGUCAGCCCACCUUUGACUGCCUACCUGACUGGCUCCGGGAAAUAGAAGAAUAUGCCAAUAACAAGGUCUUGAGGAUAUUAGUGGGCAACAAAACAGACCGUGAGGACCGCGAGAUCCCGCGGCACAUCGGCUCGGACUUCGCGCAGCGCCACGGCAUGUACUUCCUGGAGACCUCCGCCAAGGAGGCCGAGAAUGUGGAGCGGCUGUUCAUGGAGAUCGCGCUGGAACUCAUGGAGCAAGCGAAAUGCAAAGAGCUACCGAAGUACGACGGCAGCCUCGGACCAAUCAACGGCAAGACCACCUCGGUAGGAGACAGUUCCUGCUGCAACCGCUCCUAGGUCACGGUCACUGAUAAAAUGCUACACUACAUAGCUGUUCGUAAGUCCCAAUAAUCUCUGUGAAGUAAUCUUUGAGAACUAAGGAUAGUGGGUAAGCUCCAAUUUCGCCAUAGUCGGUCAGAUCGUAACCAGGAAUUGGUUCAUCAAUUAUACAUCAUA